AUGAUAAUGGUUACAAAUAAUGAUGCCAUUCAGUUUCUCUUCUCGCAAAAGACUUGUACGAUGCGCCAGGAAAAGCCUCGGCACUUAAAAUAUUUAAACGAAUUUCGCACUCAACAAUGCCUCCUGUUUCUUGAACAACAGUGUCAGUUUCAUCGCCCUUAUACUUGCUUUCAUUGGCACUUUCCAAACCAGAAACGGAGGCGGCCUUUCAAGAGACCUGAUGGAACUUUUAAUUACAAUCCGGAUGUAUACUGUGAUAAAUAUGAUGAAACAAGUGGGUCAUGUGCUGACGGAAAUGAAUGCCCGUAUGCGCACCGCAAUGCUGGUGACACGGAACGACGUUAUCAUCCACGCUAUUUCAAAACUGGAAAUUGUAUAUAUGAAACUAUGGAAAACGGAGCCUGUGUCAAGAAUGGUCUGCAUUGUGCUUUUGCACAUGGCCCUGAUGACAUCCGUUUACCUGUUUAUGACAUUCGCGAAGUUCAGGAUGCUUCUUCAAAAUUCACUGUUAAUCUACCUGCUAGUUUAGAAAAAGAGCGAGUAUUGAGUGAAGAUCCCAAAUGGAAUGAAAUGUUCCAUGUACUUGGUUGUUAUAAGACUGAAUUAUGCAAGAAACCACCGCGAAUGUGUCGUCAAGGUUAUUCAUGUCCAUUUUAUCACAAUGGAAAAGAUAAACGAAGAGCUCCUGAUAAAUUCUUGUAUCGUAGUACUCCUUGUCCUAUUGUUCGACCUGGUGAUGAGUGGCAAGAUAGUACCCUUUGUGAUACUGGCGAUGCAUGUGUUUACUGUCAUACGCGAACAGAACAACAAUUUCACCCUGAAAUAUAUAAGUCGACAAAAUGCAACGAUGUAUUAAAUUCUGGUUAUUGUCCACGUGGUCCUUUCUGUGCCUUUGCACAUUGCGAUUCAGAAAUGUCGAUUGGACGCGAUUUUUCUGCAAAUGUACAACAGGAACAACCUGGACUGAUUAUGGAAUCUAAUAAUAAUAAUAAUAGUUUAUCAUCAAAUAAUAUUUCACUAUCAUCUAGUUCACUAACGACGGGAAUCACGACAACAACUAGUUCUUUUCAAUAUCAUCGUCAUAUUCCUUCUGAUAUUUCAAUGAUUUCUCAUGGUGGUGGAGGAGGCGAAAAUCAACAAUAUUCUGCUUAUUCUCCACAUCUUCAUCUAUCUACACCAAGUGCUGUGAAUAGUAAUUUACGUAUUUUAGGCACUAGUUCCACUACUACUCCUACUAUUGCUGGUAUUAAUAACAGUAAUAAUAACUUACCACCGAAUUUAAUGUCCAAUUUAAACGCCAAUUUUUCAAAUUUAUCGUCUAUAAUUACUUCAUCACCUCAACAACAACAGAUAUCUCAACGUACAACCUCUAGUCAACAUCAUCAUCAUUACCAUCAACAGCAUUUGAUAAAUUUUCCUUCUUCUACAAUAGAAUUUAAUAAGUCAAUUAGUACCAGUGAUCAUUCUGGAAGAUGUUCUCAUAUACCACCAAACCCUAUGACAUCAAACGUGAUAUCACCUCUCGGUUCAGCGCCAAAUCAAUCGUGUAUUCGUGGGCGUCGUCUUGCUCGUUGUACAUCCCCCCGUACAACAAGUUUGUGGCCCACGUUCAACUUGAUCGCUAAUCCUGGUAAUGAUAGGCAGCAUUUUACUCAAUUACCAGGUCCAUCAAAUUCAGAUGCUAGAAUUGGAGCAUGCUCUUCCUUGGGUGUUUUAUCACCCAGUGCAGUUAGUUCAACUUGUUCUCCGAUUCAGAAUACUCACUUUUCACAUUCACGAAGUCGUCCUUUACCUGGCCAAUUUCAUAACGUAGUUUUAACUCAUUCUAUGUCAACAGCUGGUUAUACACGAGAUACUAAUAAUAAAGGUCGUCAUCGUAGCGGUAGUUCUAUGUCCUCUGAAAUUGGACAAUAUUCUAUGAAUGUUAAAGAGUUGACUUCUCCUCCUACUGCCUAUCUGGAUUCAACUUCAACUUAUCCAGGUCGAUGUGGUUCUUAUAGUGGUGGUUGUGUUGUGGGUAACUUGAAUAGAACUGCUACUUCCUCGGCUGUUGUUACAGUUGGCGGCGGUGGUGUUAGUUUACCGACACCAAAUCAGAAGCAGAGUAUGAUGGGUGCGGCUACUUCCAAGCCUGUAUUGUUAGGACAGCUCUCUGGGAUUUAUCAAAAUGUGGUCACUCGUAAAAAGCAACAACAACCUAAUAUGCUAUGGGAUAAUUUUGAAUCGACAUCUAGUACAGAACAACAAUACUUCUCGCCUAGUUGUCCAUGGUCUACAAUGAACAUAAGUGGUACUGGUAAUAAUGAUAGUAAUGAUGGGAUUAAUGAAACAGAAAAUGAUUUCAACACUUUUUUGGAUCAAUAUCAUAUGCCUAUCGGUAUUGCUAGUACAUCUUCUGUUAGUAAUUGUGAUGAUACUAGUCGUGAUAGUGGUUUAGUUCUUGAUAUGACAUUGCCUCCAACUUCACCGCUUGAAUCAAAUUGUGGUGGAUUUUUAAACAGUAAUCUCGAUGUCGAUCUAUUAUCUCAAUUGACACAAUCGCAACGACAACAACAUACUUCAUCUAACACUGCUGCGUCUGCUGCUGCCACCGCUUUCUUCGAUGAUAUUAAUGCAGUUUACCCAACAUUUUCUCAAGAUAUGGUUUUUCAUUCACCAUCUGAUGAUGGUUUCAUUUCGACACAUUCUACUUCCGAGGAACUAGAUCAUCCUCAACAUCGUCAUCAUCAUUCUUCUUCGUUUUUAGUUACUGUCACUACAAGUAGUAAUGUUGGUGUAAGUGAUUGUUCAUCAUUGCCAAAUUUUUACGCAUCAAAUCCAGUUAGUAUACCUGGUAGGGGAGGAAAUAAUAAUAAAGAUAUAAAAAGUUUACAAAUGCGUUGUGAAUUCUUGGAUUCUAUCACAUGUCAAUCGGAUAAUACUUUACCGCAAUAUGAUUCAGCGCAAUCGACUAAUUUACAACAGGUUGGUAGUAGUAAUAGUAGUAUUAUUCGAUCGAGUAAUUUUAUCAAAUCAAAUCAACACAUAGUAGGCUGGCCUUCAACUUUUAUUGAUGAAACUGGAUAUCAUCGGCACAGUUCUCCUAUAUCUUCUCCAGUAUCACUAAGUAGUAAGAGUAAUAAUCGAUUUUCAUCAAUUGUUGGUACACCCCUUGGACGCGUUAAUCUGCCAAUUUCGGCGGCGGCAGGAGUCGAUUUAAAUGCUUCUGGAUUAGCCAGUAGUGCUAGUAGUAGUUCUACCAGUGCUAUAUCAUUUGGUGCCAUUGGUUCCCGUGUUCAUCACUCAAUGACAUCGGAAUCCACAGACCAACCGGACAAUAACCAGUCAACUAGAUCACAACAAUAUUCAGAAUGUUCAACUCAGGGUGGUAUUUCUAAUGUGUCUUCAACUUCAUCUCCCAAUCAACUGGAUCUUGGUGGAACUCGAACAAGUUCUAGGAUUUUCUCACAUUCAAUAAAUGAUAACUUUACCAACUUACCGCAGUCACCUAUUCUUUUAUCGUCUCCAUUCAGUAAUCCAGGUUGUGAUCUAGAGCGUAUAACUUUACGUCGUGAAUUAGAUGAAGUAAAACAACUUUUAGAUUCAAAGGAGGGUGAAGUGGAAGUUUUAAAAAAGCAAAGAGAUUUUGUUACAGAACAUUUACGUGAUUCGCUUGGUGUAAUUCGUCGUUUAUUUCAUUCAUUGAAUAUAUCGCCAUCAGCUUCGACUGAUUUAUUUAAACCAUUAUUUAUUGAUACCGAAAUUAAUAAUAUUAGCAGUGAACAGAGUACCGGUUGUUGUUAUGCUCAAAGUUUAUCAUCAGAAUCAAAUCCAUGUGAGAAAUUUAAAACGUGUAUGCAAACUUCACCUAUGAAAAGUCCUAGUCCAAGUGGACCAAUUGAUUCAGUUAGUCGAAACCCUCUACAACAACAAGAAGCAUUAGCAGCUCUAUUCGCUAACCCACUUGUAUCAGCACUUUUGAAUAGUCAUCAUAAUAAUGAUAUUGAUACGACAGAUGAUGAUGGUUCCAACAAGACAAAGUCUGAAAUGCAGUUUCAAAAUUGGAAUUUACCAAACAGUAAUUAUAAUACAGAUUGUAUACAACAUGAUAAUGAAUCAUCUGUGCACGAACUCAAAGAAACUUUCAAUAAUUCAUGUUUAUUAUCAUCUACUUGUGCUGGUGUUGAUGAUGGUGGUACACAUAAAAAUUCUGAUUAUAAUGAUGAUGACGAUCUAUUCUCUGCAUCAGGUUUGCUAUCAUUAUCUAAUCAAGAAUCUUGUGAUUUAGAUCAACAAAUAGUAGAAGGCAGUAAUACAGAAGAAUUGUUAACACAUCAUCAUUCGAAGAUUUUUGAUGUGCCCACUAUCGCUAGUACUUCUGUUUCUGAGUUGACAACAACCACGACGGCAGAUACAUUGACAAUAUUAACUAAUAAUACUACGUUUGAAGAAUCUAUUGUACCGACCACUGAAAUGACAGUUAUCGAAGAAAACUCAUUCCGAUCGAAUACAAUAAUGAAUACUACUACUGUCGACCCUGUUACUACUUCUACCAGUACUAGUUUUGUAUUUCAGAAUUCAUCCCUAGAUAUACAACAUCAGGAAAGUAAUAACAAUGAUAACAAUAAGAAACAAAACAACAACUGUUGCUUAUCAACCUCAUCGUCAUCUAAACAUAUAACUAAUGA